UCCAUCUCAUUAAUCAAUUUUCUCUAAUUUUGAUUUCAGUUUCGRAUGGAUAUAGAUAUUUAAGAGGAAGACGAAGCACCUGUGGACGUAAAUGUGCAGCAAAAUGUGCACCUGCAUGCAAAAGACAGUGCUGUAGUUCAGCCGUCAGUCCAAUGAUGCAACCUCCAAUGCCACCACAGCCAAUGCAUUUAAUGCCUGCAAUGGGGCAAUGUGCUCCACAAUGUGGUCCUUUUAUGUCAUCAACUCCACCAAUGUCCCCAUGUCCUGAUCCUUGCAUGCAGACAGGGUGCUGUGGAGCUCCUCAACUACCGCCUCCUAUGCCAAGAAUGCCUCCUCCACCUUGCCCACCAGGCUGCCCAUCGGCCUGUUAUCCAAAAUGCAGUCCAGUAUGCUGUAAUGCACCUCUWCCACCACCAAUAGGACGAAUUCUUCCUCCACGUCCACCACCAAUGCCACCAAUGCAAGGUGGAUGCCAGCCCUCAUGUGCUCCAGCAUGCUGCGGRGGUAUGCCACCACCAAUGCMGCCACCAAUGCMRCCACCAAUGCCACCACCAAUGCAAGGGGGAUGCCAGCCCUCAUGUGCUCCAGCAUGCUGUGGGGGUAUGCCACCACCAAUGCAGCCACCGAUGCCGCCACCAAUGCCGCCACCAAUGCCACCACCAAUGCCACCAAUGCAAGGAGGAUGCCAGCCAUCAUGUGCUCCAGCAUGCUGUGGGGGUAUGCCACCACCAAUGCAGCAACCAAUGCCACUACCGAUGCCACCACCAAUGCCACCACCAAUGCCACCAAUGCAAGGGGGAUGCCAACCCUCAUGUGCUCCAGCAUGCUGUGGAGGUAUGCCACCACCAAUGCAGCCACCUCCAAUGCCAAUGCCAAUGCCACCACAAAGUUGCCCGGCUCCAUGCGCUAGAUCUUGUGCACCCAAGUGCACGCCGGAGUGUUGCGACAGAAAGUAAUUGAAAAGGAAAACUUUGGACUUCUUUUCUUCCUUUGAGCUCACGAGCUGCCAUUGGCAKUUUCUUUGCGACCGAAGUAAAAGAUUUUUGGACAUCUUUAUCAAAAGACUAAACACCGACAAUUUGUCUACAUGUAAACUAAUGACAUCAUUACUGAGAAGUGACGAUCAUUUGGUUUCCAGAAAACGCCGAAGUACAUUUUUAAUACAUGCAUAUUUACAAAAGUAGACGUAAAGUAUCAUUAUAGCACACUUAAAAGAGUUUAUACUCGAUAUAUAACGGUCAAGUCUUUUAUAAAGAUCGGGUACAUAAAUAUGGGAUCCUGUGAAUAUAUGAUUAUUAUUGUAUAUAUUAGAGUAGGUUUUGACUCAUUUUAAAUGCAAUAUUAGCAGAUUAAUGUUACGUCUAUUGAGGUCUUUAUGCGUUUGACUAUCUUGAGUUCAUUUGUUCAGUACGCAGGUAGUAUAAUGUCUAAUCAGGAGAGUAGUAUAAUUCACAUUUGAGUCUGAAUAGAUAUAAAAUCAUCCACUGCACAAAUAUCGCCUUUUUCAUAUCGAGCGGGGUACUGGRUUCGAGUUCGGAUCGCAAAGCAUGCAUGGAUUGUUUGGAAGGACAGUAAUUCAGUAAUGGCGUCCUUCAAAACUGUAGAUUCUAGCUCUAAAGAAAAGAUUAUUUUGACCGAAGAAGACAUUCCUGGCGCUAAAAUUGCCCGUGAAUCACUGUGCAUAGUAUAGAUGAAGUUUCAAUUUUAGCACUUUCAUAUGUAUAGUCAUGAAGACUUUGAAUCAUACCGUAACAGUAUUGUGCAAAUUAAUAUUGGUCUUAGAAUGUAUUAAAGGAAGUUUAUUUUGAAUUUUA